AAUUAUUGGUCAAUAAAAGUUUAACAGCCGCUAUAAAAUUGUUUGAAAGUAAGAAAAAAAAAUGAUAAGAUUAUGAACGUUUUAUUGAUAAGAUAUCCGUUGGUUUUGGUUAGUAUUCAAAAUGGCAAAGUCGCUUUUAUUUGUUUUUAUGAUUUUAGUAAUUGCUGGCAUAAAUGCUACUACUACUGAAGAUGCCAAAACUGAAAACAUGGAUAAAAAAAUCAAAAAUAUCGCUGCUAAUAUCGUAAAUAAAUGGAAAUCUGAAGGCUUAAGAAUCACCAAGGAAAAAGUAGAAGGUUGGCUAGAUACCUUAGAUCAAGCCCAAAAGGGCGAUACUAAAAAUGUUAAAACUCAUGAUAAUAUGGUGGCCGGAAAAGAAUUUCAGGAAGUUAAGAAAACCUUGGUAAAGACUUUCUCGAACAUCGGUAAGGUCAAGUGCGAAAACUGCAAAAAGCCAGAAACUGUUGGUAAAGAUGCUGAUUUGGAACGACUUACUGUAGAAGAACUGAAGCAGAAACAGCAGUCCAUUAUAAAAAUGCAAAAGUUAGCCAAUCUUGUCAAUGGUUUAGGAAAUUUUGCCCAAUCUUUCAAACAAUUAUCCACCCCACGAGAAGAACUUUAAAUUAUCUAAAUACAUCCGAACUGUUAUCCCCAAACCAUUUGUAUAAAUAUCAGAAAUAACAAAGCCGCGACCAAACUCCAUUUAAAGAGUAGGAUGGAAACGUAAUACCCCAUCGCAAAUUGAUUUCCAGAGCGAAAUUGGAGGCCCGAAUGGGAUUUCCACUUUUCCAAACUUUUACCAGAAAUAACGAUGAUUCAUGAUUUACUUCAUCGAACCGGAUAUUGAAAAUAAUAUUUCGUGAAAAAAAAACUACUUAUCCACAUAAAAUGUAAUCGAAAUUAAAUUAAUAUAAAGGGCCAAAUGAGCUCCGCGUUCUCCCCGUUAUUAAUUAUCAGCAAUUCCGCUAAAAUUCGCAUUUGAAUAAUGCCGGGUGGGUAAUGUCGACUAUAAAUUACAUCAGUACGUUUGUUAAUUGCGUUUAAUUUCGUGAGUAGGAACGUGUGACGUAGUGCCUAAUUUGUUCUGAAUUAUGAGAGCAAUUGUGAAAUUAGAUAUGAACACCAGUAUACCUGAGCCCUCCGUUGCAGUUAAUUCGCGGACAAACUGCACCAACCGACAAACGGCUUUAAGUGAUCAGUUUUUUCUGAUAUAUCAACAGUUGGUAACGUUUCAGUUCAAUUUUCAUUCUUAAUUUGCCAUCUCAGCACGAUAUCAUACUAUUUUAGAGGACAAAAUUAUGUGUUUUUAAUUAAUUGUGUAAACUAUGCAAGAAAAACACCAUUUCCUCAAAUUAAAAAAAAUCGAAAACAUUCUUUGAAACACUUAAAUUACAUAUAUUUUUUUAUACCUUCUUUAUAUUGAUAUUUAUCUUUUAUUAUUUUACAAUAUUGUAUACUUUUUUAGGAUAAUAUGUUAUUGGUAAUGUUGUUGACUAUCAAUUGAUUAUAAAUGGUUUCCGGGUAUAAAUAAAUUAUAAUUGUUUAAGUUAAA